AGAUGCAGCAAAAUCAUAUAACAAACCCCAAUGAGCCCUUCCCAAAGCCACAGGCUCUGGCAUCGGCUACGACGACACAUUCUCAAGGUCGGUUUCGCAUCUCGACGCGCAAGCUACCCAUCUCCAAGGCCGGUACCAUCGAUGCACUCACCGAACAGAUUGGCAUCCCGAUGCCCGAGAUGAUCUUUGGUGAAAACUUCGUCGGAAUUGAGCACAUACCUUCGGGCUGGUCCCUGAACUUCAACACUCCGGACGCACUCGAUGCCGUCGACAAGACAGAUCGUCAUAUGCUCAAGGUUGCAUACGCUCGAGAUUGGGAGAGCACCCGAGAAGGCACUACACAAGGCAUCAAGGAGAUCAUGAAGCCUUACGACUGGAGUUAUUCAACAACGUAUACCGGAAGUGUCGACCCCUCGGCCAAGCAGUUCGCACCUACAGAGAAUAUGAUUCCAAUCGAGCUGUUGAAGCGCCGCGACCCCAUCCUUUUCUUCGACGAGGUUAUGCUAUUCGAGAGCGAGUUGGACGAUAACGGCAUAAGCAUUUUCAGCGCCAAGGUUCGUGUUCACGAGAAGCGCAUGCUUUUGCUGUGCCGGCUAUUCAUGCGACUCGAUAAUGUCAUCCUGCGGAUACGUGACACUCGGGUCUAUGUUGACUUUGAGACCGAUGAAGUCAUUCGUGAAUAUUCAGCGCAAGAGGAGACUUACGAGAACGUCAAGAGGAAAUUGCAGAUGUCUGGCAGACUGCCCGACGAGAUCACAAUUGCACUUCGGGAUCCUAACAUCCUAGCCCCAUUACUGCCGCUUGUUGAGCAUCGAGCGGAGGCUAUAAAGCUGGGUGCAUGAAAGAAGGAUAUAGUACACAACGUACAAUCUUAAAUGAGAUACGGAGUUUCAGGAGUUCAAGGUACAUUUUCAUCAUACAAGUUCUACAAUGCAAGAGAGCGGCUACGGAAUUCGUGAAACCAAGAAACUUCGUCGUCUGAUAUCAAAAAAGUAAGCUGUCAAACAAACAGUCUGUUAACCCGCCCCGCCAUUGCCUUGAACACACCCAUUCCUUUCAACCCGAAGAAGUACGGUACAAUACAAGUCUGAAACAGACAUUACUCAGACUUUCAUAAAAUGCCAAUUCCCCUUUGUGUAACUCCAAAGCUUUGCUUGAAUACAAUCGUCCCUAACCAGACCAACGCCUGCUUGGCCCCAUCCCCUUUUUCGUUUACUUUGCUUGGUGCCUCCAGUUCUUGUGCUUCAGUUUGCUUCAUCGCGCGAGCGGGGAAGAGCUCUGUGUUACCUCUUCAAAGUCGAGUUCCCAUCUGUCAACUUCCUUAAACUUCUUUGCUGCCUGUCUGAGCUCGUCUGCAGACGGCGUGCUUGCGUUCUCAGCACUUCCACCCUCAAAGGUAUCAUCAGGGAGUGGUUGGAAGUGACUAUUAUCUUGCUCAUCCUCUUCAUCAUUGGCUUCGUUCUCAUUCUCCUUGUCUGAAGAGCGACGUGAGUAUGUUUGCGCAUUGCGCGCUGCUUGUUUGCCAGAAUCGGUUUGCUUAGACUUCAGAGCCUGUGUUGCGCGCCCACCCCUCGAACCUGGCCGUUUUGCGCCGCCACGACUUGUCGAUCGCCCGCCUCGUCUUUGGCGUGUCCCUCGGCCGGCAACAUAUGAAAGCUCGUCCUCAUCCUCGCCGAUGCCAGAUGUGUCAUGUUCUUCGUCACUCUCCAGCCUAGCGUCCCGCUGCUUCUUGUACUGGCGUUUUGGAAGCAGGCUCGUCAGAUCGGCAGUUGUGACUUUGGUUGCAGGCUGUUGACGCCGGGUUACAGCCCGGCCCCGAGCCUUUUGGGUUUCAGCAUAAUUAGGAGAAUGUGUUAAAGAAGGAGGGGAGGAAACAUCGGAGAAGUUGUCGGCGCGAACUGGUGUUGUGAUAGAGGGUCGUCGACGUCUCUUGGCCAGGGUAUGAAUAUCAGGCCAAUUUGCGUCUUCUGAAUCACUACUAGCUGGAAGGGCCAUGAGCUCAUCGUUAUCGAUUGGAGUAACAGGCCGUUCGCGGAGGAGGGGGGAAGGUCCCAGAGGAGACCCGAGAUCUGAUAGUGAAGAGGUACUCUCAGCAUCAGAGUCGAUAGGCGCAGGUCCAGCUUCAUCCUCAGAUAGUUCCACAUCUCUCUCAAUCCGCAACAUCUUCUCCGGUCGUUCGCUGCUUAGGAGCGCGUCUUCACUCUUUCGUUUCCUAUGCUUCGGUCCUGCGGAAACGUCUGGAGAUACUGGAACUCCAAUUUCGAGCUCGGCUUCGGGUUGUGUCCUCCGUCUGUUGUUAACAGGUGUGGAUUCAGCUUCAGGUGCAAAGUCGUCCUCACUCUCCGAG